AUGGCACACCCACAACGUCUCGAUCCUCUUAAUACCGGCCAACCUCCCCUCACCCCUCCGGCCAGCGUUGCGCUUGGAAAUAUCAAAGAAACUAUCACCGGAGAUUUGAAGAGGAUGUCGGAAGACUUCUCCCCGGACACCAAAAACCAAUACCCUAAAGUAUCUACAGGAGCGGAAGAGCCCAUAAGAAUUCCCAACACUGGACGCGCUAAGUGCUUCCGCGUAGCAUGCAACCUCCCCCAGACUGGCGAGCGCGUCCGGCUAUGCCUACUCCCUUACAGCGUGAUUGACAUGCCAAAGGAUAGAGGAGAACCUGCACCAAAGCAGCCCCGAAGCCUAGCUACGACGAAGUCAAUCCUCCAAGAGCUCAGGGAGAUCUUCGAAGCAAUGCAAACCCCAAGCUCGUUCGAGGUCAAUAAGCGCGGCACGCUGCCUCCCAAGUCAUUCAGCCCUCCAACAGGGCUCCUCGACUGCCCUGGCGAGCUUGUUGACAUUAUUGCUCAAUACCUCCCGCGUAACAGCUUCCUAGACCUUCGGGCUACCUGCAAAGACAUGAAAGAGAAGACAACCUACCACUUUGAGCGGCGCCACGUUCAGGAGAAGCGACUUGCGCUAGGUGGCUCUCGUGCAGGAUUACACUCCCUCGUCGAAAUCGCCAGCCAACCUAGCUUCGCAAAGCGUGUUCAUAAAGUUGUUGUUGAAGGUGGAAACCUGAACACAUUGGUCGUCCUUAAAGCACGCCAGUCGCUUGGUCGCGAGUGCGGGACCUUAUGUCCAGAGCUAUGCUUCCACGAUUGCACCCUAGACCUUGGCGUCUUGGUUGUGGAUAGCAGGACCGUAGACUUUGGCCUUUUCAUCGCUUCCCUUGCCACAUUGCCGGCGCUUGAAGUCGUUGAAAUCACCGACGAAACGCGUAAGACUAAGGACCUACUUGAUCGGCCUCCGCUUUUUGAUGAUCGCGCCGCGGCCCGAUUCAUGAACAAAGAGCGCUGCUUUCGAUGCAAGCAAUCUGCAACAGCAGGACGAUGCGUUCAUCUGACUAUGCUCAGCAAGGCGCUUCUAGGACUUACCCUUGACGCGAAGCCAAACGUGCCUCCCAAUCAGCCUGUCCAGCCCUUUCAGAGCCUCCUAUCACUUGGUCAACGUCUCGGAAUGCUGCCAGUCGUGGAAGAAGAAGACUUCAAUCCCCUCCUCCCCCAUUCGCUUCAUUCUCUUCGUGAGAUACAUUUCCGAGCAAGCCCAAUCUCGCUUUACAAUAGCUAG